GUAUGUGUCACACCCUGCUCUGCCUGACUAACCUGCCUGGAAUGUAACCCUGGAAGAUCAUCACACACAACGACGACAACGACGAGGACGAGGCUUCAGACAAAGUGAAGGAAAUCUGGGUUCAUUUGUUUUCCAAACAACAACAACAACAACCACCUCAGAUGGCUCAGACGAAGGCGGCGUCCACCUCCAGAGGGGCCAGGCGGAGGCGCUGGUGGCACCUGAGGCAGCGCUGGAGGAUGCUGGGAGUGUUCGAGAUCACACCGGAGCACGAGUUCUACCCUCUGACCUCCAUGAUCAAAGACGGGAUGCAGGCCUCCAUCCAGAACCUGGAGUCCACCACGCAGGACCAGCUCACACCUGAACACUUCAAGGCCCAGGAGACUCAAACCCACCAGGGCUUUGAAAUGCAGACGUUUGCAGCUGCGGUGUUUUCUAAGCUGAGGCGUUCACUGGACAUCACAGACCACGACUACAUGACCUCCCUCUGCUCGGACGGAUGUUACCUCCAGUUUGUCAGCAACUCCAAGAGCAAAGCCGACUUCUUCGUAACGAACGACAAGAGGUUCUUCCUGAAAACCCAGAGCAGACGGGAGGUCCAGUUUCUUCUGUCCAACCUUCAGGCCUACAUGGACCAUUUGGACAAAUACCCUCAUUCACUGAUGGUCAGGUUUCUAGGUGUCCACAGGAUUAUUGUUCCUAAUGAAAUAAAGAAGUAUUUCAUCGUGAUGCAGAGUGUGUUUUAUCCUGAUGAGAGGAUCAACAUCAGAUAUGAUAUUAAAGGGUGUGAGGUGGGCAGAUGGACGAACCCUGACACUGGAGGAAAACAAAUAAUAAAAGUGCUGAAGGACAACAACUUUGAAGGACAGAACAUUACAUUAGGUCAGGAGAAGUCGUGGUUUGUGAAUCAGGUCAAAGUGGACGCUGCCUUCCUUCAGGACCUGAAUGUGCUGGACUACAGUCUCCUGAUCGCCCAUCAGCCUUUGCACCAAGACGAACUGGACGGGAAACGCUCCUUGGCAAACCUUGUCGUACGUACCACAAAGUCUUUGGACUUGGAUGACGGUCCCACAGAACCAGACCCACCCACAGCUCCGUUACUGGAAAAGGCCACAGAGGAAAGUGGACAAAGUCCUUCAGACCAAACCCUGGCAGCAGCGGCGGUGGAGGAGGAGAUCCCCCUGCAGGAGCUAAAGAUGCACAGGACUGACUCUGAACUGCAGGAGUUCCAGGAGCAGCAUCGACGACUCCUGCCCAACUGUAAGAACCGCCGUCCACGUGAUCGCGGGCCCCAGCGCCGCUACUUUGUGGGAAUUAUUGACAUUUUCACCGUUUACGGUUGGAAGAAAGACUGGAGAACCUGUGGAAGAGCGUUCGCGUUCCCGGGCAGAGCUUUUUCCACCGUCAGUCCUCCGAAAUAUUCACCCAGAUUCUGCCGGUGGAUAGAGAACGCACUCAGUAACAGGGUUUAGAACCAGACCAAAACCUACCUGUUCAUAUUAUCACUGAUUUCUAUCAAAUAAUACACGACUAACACUGUAAAGUUUACAUUUACUAUACGGACAAAAGUAUGGGACACGUUGAAUUCAGGUGUUUCUUUUCCUAACAGGAAGCUGGGAUACAAAACAAUAACAAUGUCAUAUAAUAUGUAGUUUUAUA